UGUGGCGGUUACUAUUUAAGUAGGUCAUUUCGAUCGUUCCCAAUUUUCAAUUUUCUUCGUUCAUUAAGAAAAUCUUCUUCGUGGAAAUAACCCAGUUUUCCUGUAUGCAUCACGAAGCUAUAAUGAAUACUAUCUGAAUUUUUUUGAAUAAUACUUCUUGAUUCAUCUAUUCUAACCUCCUCUCCUGAAACAAAUUCUGAUCUGCUAAAAAUGGCCAGUUAUCAACCAAAUAUGGCUUAUGGCUGUGAAAUCUGCGGUGCAGAAGAAUUAUCAGAGGAAGAUUUCAGACAACAUACCCAUUCUCAGCAUAUAGAUGGCAAGGGGGCCUGUCCGUUUUGUGGACUUACUGCUGUAUCAGCAUCUGAGCUAACGAUUCAUGUAAAUCAGGCUCACUUAGAUUUCCUUUCUCCUGAAUCAGAAGUUAAUAUGACUUUCAUAGAUGAUACUAGUCCAAGUGAAUAUAAUGGAGACAUGCUAAAUCAUGGUGAUCAAUCAAACAUUCCGUCUUUUCCUAGUCAUUCGAAUAGUUUUAGUUGUAGCUCAAGUUCAUUGAAAGCAAAUAUAAAUAAUAUCAAUGUUAAUGCUAAGGUCAAUGGAGGAGGUGAUUUCAGCCCUAAAAGAUUCAGUCAUGGGCAUGGUUCCCCUUUACGAUCUAGUUUGGACCUUAAAUUGAAAAAUUCCAUGUCAAAAUUGCAGUGUCCUCUUUGUAGUUUUACUAGUACUAGUCCUGAUGAGAUACAAGAACAUGUUAAUAGAAGACAUUUUGACCUCACCUCGCCUUCUAUCUCAAAAACAAAGGAAGAAAUUUUUUCUUGUCCUUUGUGUGUAAAAAAUUUUAAGUUGUCUUCAGAUCUAGAGUUACAUGUGAACAUUGAGCAUAAAGAUAUUCUUUCUCCUGCAAGUCCACCAAGGAGGACUUGCCCGGUUUGUGGAAUAAGCCUUGAUGGCGAGGAUAAUACCAGUGCUGCCAGACAUGUUGAAUCUCAUUUUAUGGGUAAUUCCCCUAGCAAUUCCGAGAAAGCUGCUUUGAGAGAAAGAGAGCAAAAAGAAUUCGAACUGUUGAGAGCCCAGUACGGGAUGGAUAACCAAGGAAACUUCAGAGAACAAUGUGUUACGAAUAUGCAAAGAGCCGUAUACGCUGGUGAAAUGAGUGUUUCCGAUUAUUACGAACGAACUCUGGAUUUGAGGGCAGCCGAAAGUAGUGGAAUCGAUGACUUCAGUUCCGUUACUAGAAGUAUAGUUCCUAGGGUACGUGCCAUGAGUUUAAAUGCACAGAACGUAGUACGGACCCUCUUAUGUACCUGCGUAGAUCAUUUUGCAUCAUCUUAUGGCGAUAAAGGAUGGGGUUGUGGCUAUAGAAAUACGCAAAUGCUGAUUUCUAGCCUACUAACUCACACUGGUUACAACGAACGUCUGUAUAGGCUGUGGCAAACUGAGAAACCUCCCAGAAGUGCUGUUCCAAGUAUUUCUAGGUUGCAAUCCCUUAUUGAACAGGCUUGGUCACAAGGAUUUGAUGUUCAGGGGUCUGAACAGCUGGAAUGUAGACUGGUCAACACCAGAAAAUGGAUCGGGGCAACCGAGGUUGUGACUCUUUUAUCAUUCUUGAGAAUCAAAUGUCAAUUAGUAGACUUCCAUCAACCUACCGGCCCUGGUGGAACCCACCCAGAAAUGUUCAAUUGGGUGCUGAAAUACUUCGAGAAUUCCAUCGGUGGCGAGUUCACGCCACCCUUAUAUCUACAACAUCAAGGGCAUAGUCGAACGAUAAUGGGCAUCGAAAUACAUCGCGAUGGCAGUUUGGUGAUGCUAGUUUUGGAUCCUAGUCAUUCCCCACAACAGAUGGCGCAGUUUGGCGAUACAAGCAGCGCGAAUGCAUCGUUGAGGUUGUUGAGGAAGAGUGAAGCAGCUAUGAAAGCCACACAGUAUCAAAUUGUCGCUGUAGUUGGGACAAUAGAUAAUGAGCAACAGUAUCAACAAUCUAAAGUUUUGAGGGGGCUGCGUUUUCCACAGGAUCGGUGAAAAUUCGAGGAAAACCCACCCGAGCUAACCGCACUACCUUAUGCUGUUCAUUUUUGUGCAGAAAUUUUAUCAAAGGUACGAAUUUUCAUUUAAACUAUCUCAAGUUACCUGCCACUAGGAUAUAUUUCGAAUAGUUAUUUAUCUAACGACAUCGCCUUUAAAAUAUAUAUUUAUUCGAAAGUUCAAUUAAUUGAAAAUCCAUAUCUUUAGAAAUAAUGCAAUAAAACUUUGACAAUUCAUUACUUAUUGGAAAACUUGAAAUUUUAUCAUGCUAGUAAGACAAUAAAAUUAUAGCUCUUUUCCUCAUCUGUUUAUGGUCAAUUUAAAAUUUUAACGAAGAGUAUCAGAAAAAAAAAUCAAAUAUUUCGAAUAAAAUGUCUUUAUAGCAAUAUGAGAAAACUGAUCAAUCGACAUAUAUGCAUAUUGUUUUCCAUUGCUCAGUGCAAAUUGAAAUACUCAAUAUCAAGUGAACUGCUCCAACUGAACUAUUUAUACAUAUUUAGAAUUCGGUCUAUUAAUUUAUAUUUUUAUUAUUGUAGUUUGGGUUUUUCAAUUAAAAUCCUUUGUUCAUUUUAAAUGCUUACUCUAAUUGUGAUUUACAUUUAAGUUUGAAUCCAAGUACCUAGUUUGUAAGACUUGAUUUUAUUGUUGUUUGUUUUGUUGAACUUUGAUAUUGUACAUACUUUUUAUCUUAUUAUCAUGUUGACCAAUUUUAUCGCAUAAAGUCGCAUUAUCAAAAUAUCUUGGGUGCUUAAAUCAGAUGUCAAGAAAAAGAAGAAACCUUGCUUUUAUUUAUUGUUGAAGCUUAUCAGUAUUGAAAAAAAUAUUCUAAAUUAUAGUUACUACCAUUGAGUGAGUGGGAUUCCGAUUAUUUCCUAGUAGGAUAGAUUUCCAGAAAUUGCAACAAGCCAUUAUAGUGUCAUGACGCUUCUUUAUAACUUUUGGCAGUGUGAACAAGCUGUAUAAAAUUGUAUGAAAACAAGUAAAAAGUAAAUAAUUGAUGAUUAUGAUGAUAAGCUUGAAAUUAGGACCUCCAAAUAGUUUUGGAUAGUUAAUUUCAGAAUAUAGUUAAAGCAAACCUUAUUAGAAAUGUUGAAAAAUGAUCUGACUUUCAGAUUACCAUUUAUAAUAUAAGAAAAUCUCAUUGAUGAUUGAAAUAUCAAGAUAUUUUAGUAUUUGGAACAUGCUGUAACCUGUUAUUUGUGAAAAUUUUAUUGUUUCCACUAUAACGAAUAUCAAAACAAUUAAUAGUUAUAAUUAUUAAGAGUGAAAAAUUCUAGUCAUGUGUUUCCAUGAAAAUGGCCAGAAGACUUAAUUUACAAAGUCGACGUUAGAACAAUGUGCUUGUUCAUUCUGUCAUCUGUUGACUGCUAAAAGUUCCCAAAUAGGAUAUAUAGGUAUUUGAUUUAUCAGAUAUCACCUGUUAUUUGAUCUCUUAGUUGUAAAGACACAUUUUAAAUUGAAGAUUCAAUAAAUUAUCUGAAAAUUA